ACCACGUGGGUUAGCUGCACGUGCGCAGCUUAGAGGGAACAUUGGUAAGGACUGUUAUAGAUGGAUGGUUUGUGUAAUCCUCAGAUACUGUGGGAGAGCUCAGUAACAAUAAAAGUUUCUAAAACCUUAAACAGCUCCGUCCCAGUCCACUCUGCCUCUCAGAGUCUAAACUUAGCCGGUGAUAUAACAGGCUCAGCGCUGCUCUGGGAUCAGCCUGUCAGUCGGUGCAGAGGGCCGAUCGCCCCCAGCCUGUGUGAGCAGUGAGGGCUCUGCACCUCUGGUGGUUUUUGACUCACUGUUGCUUGGAGAGAAGAGCUGCUUUUUCAUCUUCCUGUUAAUAAGCAGGCGGUGCUGGGAUUCAAACCCACGAUCUCCUUUUUAGCUGGCUAGCGCUUUAACCACAAUGCCUCACUCCAUCUGACACGCACCUGUUAGAGGGGCGUCCACAGGUGUGCUCGGGGCGUCCACAGGUGUGCUCGGGGCGUCCACAGGUGUGCUGUGGUGUACAGGUGUACCUGGGCUGUUUAGAGUCCUGCAGCCUCCUCAGGUGUUUGGAAAGUUCACAGACUUUAUCAUAUUUAAUGAAGACCACAUACAACACACGGAGCACCACCUGAAUUAAAAACGUGAGAUUUAUAGGUGUGACUCUGCCCCCCAAAUUACACCUACAAACAGCAUUUCUGGUUCCCAGUGUGCGCACUGACACCACCCUGCCCACCAUCAGGCAGAAGGUGGUGUUACCCUGAUAACAUCUGACCCGUAUGCUCUCGUGGGCUUCGUGUGUCGCCUUUAAAAACACUGAAUGUGCUGAUUCAGACUCACUUUGUUGGGCUUCUCAUUUUGUCCUGUCAGGUUCCCUCGUGUGUGUUUGCUCGUCUCUGUGAUUGUUUCUGCAGUUUUUGGCUCUUUCUUGCCUCUCUCUAGUUUUUGUGCUAAUAUUUGUGGAUUGUUGUCUUUUGGGGGUCUGUUUGUGUGUCUUUGUAGCAGUUUUUGUCCCGUUUUGUCAUUUUCCACCUAAUUUGAGGCUUUUUUGUCUCUUCGUUAUCAUUUUGUGUCUUGCGUCUCUCUAAGCUGUCGUCCUCUCGAGGUCUAUUUGUGGCAGCUGAGUCCUGUUGUGGUCAUCGUGCUUCUCUUUGUCGGACAUUAAUCGUUUACUUUUGAAUCUUUGUAAAGAUAAAUUUCAUCUGAUGUUGAGAGGUUUUAUCUCUGUGUGAUUACUUUGCCGUUCUUUGAGGUUAUCGGCUCUGUUUUUGGCUGCACUGGCUCUCUGUGGCGGUCAUGUUUGUAGUUUUCUGUAGGUGUUGGAGUCCUUUAGGCUGGGGUAAACCUGAGGACAGUCCUGACAGGUGGACACUUUUCUUCUGGGUCCACGAGGCUCAGAGCGUUCCCCUGACGGGUGAAGUCGGGCUCGGGCCUCGCUGACGCCUUCGGCAGCGACCCGUGGAGGGAUUUGAACCUGCUGACCUUUAAGCUAUCAGUGCCACUCCACUCGUGGCCUUUCUGUUUGGGCUUUAUCGCCACCGAGAUAAUGAGACAUUUCCUGACGCUGCCCCUGAUUGGAUGCGUGGGAGACCCUGGGCGCUGCAUGAUUGAGGGGGGCAGUGAGGAGGGUCUAGAAGAAUCUGCUGGUCUAUAUUAGCCGCUGUGAAUCACGGCGAGCCUGGCAUACCGGGUGUCCCCUUUCACACCAUAUAAGUCCACCCCCCCUCCUUUCCCUGCAGACCCCCCUGCCCUGCCUCACCCCGCCUCACCCCACCGCCCCCCCACAAUGCCACACCACUGUCUGAGGCUAUUCUUAGGCUGUCACUUCAGCCCGUCCGAGCAGGCAGGUCCUCCUCUUUCUCCUCUCAGCUGCUGCGACUCGUUCGCUUCCUCUCCGAGCCGUCCCGUGUCUCCUGCAGCUGCCGGUGGGUUUGUCCAGAAACUCUGCUCUGACUUUGAAGGAUCUUUGUAGUUGUGUGGAAGAAGAAUGAGCACCUACACCGUGUCGCUGCCCGGCCCCGGGCCCUGGGGCUUCAGGCUGCAGGGGGGCAAGGACUUCAACAUGCCGCUGACCAUCUCCAGGAUCUCUCCAGGCAGCAAGGCGGCGCAGGGCAACCUGAUGCAGGGUGAUGUCAUCGUCGCCAUCGAUGGCGUCAGCACCGAGGGGAUGACUCACCUGGAGGCCCAGAACAAAAUCAAGAUGGCAAACUACAACCUGGCACUCACCAUGUCCAAGUCGAAGCGUCCGAUUCCGAUGGCGGCACCGAGAAUGGACGCCACGAUUCCCGUCGUCCCUCACCAGCAGGUAAACGGCCGCAGUACCUCCUCCGGGCCUGCAGAGGCAGACUCUCCCGGGGGGCGUGCGGCGGCGGUCAGCCCCGCUCAGAGGAGGCAGUAUAACUCCCCCAUUGGCCUGUACUCAGAGGAAACUCUUAGGGAGAUGGCCGCGAUGCAGGCGGGUCGACCUGCGGGUUCUGUCCCAGUCAUGGACCGCCUCGUGGACAGCGCCUCGCUGGUCUAUCAGGCCGUCCAGAGCACAGAGAAGGACCCGGAGCUGAGCGAAUGGAGCCGCCGCAGCACCAACGUGCAGUCCAAGUCCUUCCAGGUCCUGGCCCACAUGACCGGCACCGAGUCCUCGCUCACUGAAGAGGAGGCGGCGGCUGUGAAGAGGAGCAGCCAGUACGGUGCACAUCCUACCAUGCAGCCGGCGCCACAAGUUCCACACCCACAGCAGUACCAGCCAAUACCACAGCAAUACCAACAUGCACCUAUGCAGCAAGCUCCACAAGCUCGGCCCCCACAGCAGUAUCAACCAAUGCCACAGCAGUACCAACAACCACCCACACAGCAGGCUCCACCCACUCAACAGAGCUCAAUUCAGAUCCCUGUUGGCUCCGCCCCCCCUAAGGUAGUCAGUACUGCCUGCAUCUACCCUUCACAGCCAGCACCACCUAUGGCUCCAGCUGCAGUGCCACCGCAGCACCGCCCUCCAGCCGCCGCCCCGGCCCCGCUUCUGGCUGCUCCAGCAUCCUCCAACAGACCCCCGUGGGUGACCGACUCAAACUUCGCUGAUAAGUUCGACCCCGGCAAGACCACCUCCGGCACCAUCAAGGUGCAGCCACUGCCCCAGGCCGCCCCUCCCCCACCAGCGUACAUCCCUAACCCCUCCCCUGCUGGGCAUGCAGCUCCCAGCCCCGCCCCCAUCACCCCCAGCCCUGGACCCAUGACCUCUAGCCCCGCCCCCUUUCCACCUGUGGCCAGAGGCGUGGCCCAAAGAGCGGAGAGGUUUGCAGCCAGCAGUCGCACGCCUCUAUGCGGGGCCUGCAACAGCGUCAUCAGGGGUCCAUUCCUGGUGGCCCUCGGCCGGUCCUGGCACCCCGAGGAGUUUAACUGUCACUACUGCCACAUGUCUCUGGCUGACGUCAGCUUCGUGGAGGAACAGAACAACGUGUACUGUGAGAACUGCUACGAGGAGUUUUUCGCCCCGACCUGCGCUCGCUGCAACACCAAGAUCAUGGGGGAAGUGAUGCACGCCCUACGGCAGACAUGGCACACCACCUGCUUUGUGUGCGCUGCCUGUGGGAAAGCCUUUGGAAACAGCCUCUUCCACAUGGAGGACGGAGAGCCGUACUGCGAGAAAGAUUACAUCGCACUGUUCAGCACUAAGUGUCAUGGGUGCGACUUCCCAGUGGAAGCUGGCGAUAAGUUCAUCGAGGCUCUGGGUCACACCUGGCACGAUACCUGCUUUGUUUGUGCGGUCUGCCACGUGAACCUCGAGGGUCAGCCCUUCUACUCAAAGAAAGAUAAACCUCUGUGCAAGAAGCACGCUCAUGCCAUCAACGUGUAAACCCGCCGGAUCACGCCUCAUCAUCACCACCAACAUGUGUGGAAACGCUGGGUUUUUCUUUUUUUUGUGCAAAUUUCAAAUUUCUGCUGCCUGAUGAUUCUGCUUCAGAUCCAUCCGACCCGUCGCAUCACGUACUGUGGUUUAUUUUUCUACCAGAAAAAGUGUGUGUGUGUGUGAGAGACUGCUGAGCUGCAGAAAUACAGGUGACUGUAGGGAGUCUGCAAGGUGCCAAAUUAAAUAUUAUAUUUUUUAGUGUUUAAUAAUAAUAAUCAAACUUAUAACAACAAAAAUAUUAAACUGGCUAAGCUAUGCAAUAAGGAUUAAAUAGAUAUUUAAGUAAGUCUAAAUAAUAAUAUUAUAAUAUGAGGAAGAAAUUCUUUCUAAUAAAUAUCAAAAACAGAGUGUAUGAAGUAUGUUUAUUUUUCUCUUAAACACGGGGUUAAAGUAGUGGGAUAUUUAGGGUUAAGAGGGUUAAGAGAGUUUUUUUUUAUUAUUUUGAUAAAGUUAUUAUUUUUAUGAAAAAAAAUGUCAGAAAUAAAAAUUAUUAUAAAGUUUUAUUAGUACUUUUUUUUGGCUUGGUUUGUAGUGUUUAAAAUGUCAAGUUAACUUGUGAAUUAUUUCAUAUGAAUGAAAUUACAAAUUUAUUAUAAUUAAACUUUUUAGAGUGGCACUCUCUGGACUCCGUAUAGCGGAUAUUGUUCUCACCAUUUUUGGACUAUUUUUGGUAAUGUGCCUCUGUUGACUGUUUGAAUGCGACUUUAAUAUUUUUAUUUCCCUUUUAGACUAAAAUAAAAUUAUAUGAAAGUUUUUAUGAGGCAAUACGAAGUGAAACAACAGACUGCAGAGAAGCUGAAAAAUCUAUAAACAGCAGCAAAUUGGAGAUAAAAAAGACUGAAAAGUGUUUCUGGCGUUGCAACCUGUCGUCACUACUCCGACUCUGGGGGCAUGAACACACGACAGGUGACACGUUUCUGUGGCCCCGCCUGAGCAGGUGAACCUCCAGAUGUUUUAAAUGUGAAAACCGCAUCUAAACGCACAGAGAUACUGUGUGAGUGACGGAGUCUAGAUAAACUGGAAACGUUAAACUGACCACAGAAGCUGUUGGGCUCCAAGUGCAGGUGUGCUUCUGCUCUCACGCCGCACUAAGGUGCAUUUGGACUUGUUUGUUCAGGUGAACCUGCUCAGGUGAGACAGCUCUUCGACUUCACGUGCUUCGGGGGGAGAAAUAACCUUGAAUUUCAUAUUUAUUCGACAGUGUGAUCUUUAUUGAGACGCUAGUAUAUCGUCACUGCUGCGUGCAAAUGAUUAGUUAUUUGAUUCAUGUUUGUUUCAGAGCGUUUGGCAUCACGUGGUUAAGUUUGAGUACUGAUUUCAUGAUGAUUUAUGUGUGUGUGUGUGUUUUAACUACACUGUAAAUGUGAUGACCUUAGUCUGACUGUUAACAACACAAUGGCUCCGCUAGGGAUGGGUAUCGUUUAGGUUUUAUCCGAUACCGGUGCCAAAUCGGUACUUUUGAAACGGUGCCGGUGCUUAAACGGUGCUCAAACCGGUGCUUAAAGAAUGGAGAACA